AUGUUCCGUGUCGAAGUCCUGCCUGAUCGAGGGUCAGCUCGCACCCCCGGCUACAGCUAUGUUGCGGAGCGACGACCCAAUCCACAAGCCGCAAUGGCUCCAGCACUAAGUCGCAAACGUGGAAUUCAAAAUGCAGGCAAAAGCGGCGACAUGUCAUCGCGCCGAGCAGCAACCAUAGCACGACAUAUCGCAGAUCUAGACCGCGAAAACAAAACCGAUGUCCACAUCCCCGUGCCCGUGAAGCAGGCCAAGGAGGCCGGCGCACGCGGAACACGAACAAAGACGACGUCGAACGUGCGCCGCAUUCUGCAAUCACAGAAAACAUUCAAGAAUCACCUCGACGACGAAGAAGCCGCUAUCGCAGCUGGUGCUGGUGUAGGGUUGGGCUCAGGGAAUACAGGCACAGUUGUCUUGGCCAAGGGCAAUAUUGUCGCCAAGGGCAGUAAAGCUGCGUUAGCGGCUGCGGCUGCUGCAAAACGGAGCUCUACACCUGGUAUUGCGAAGGGCAAGGGCAAAAAACGCGCAUCGACUGCACCUGAGACAACGGAUGCCGAAACUGAAGCCGAUGAGGAUGUUGAACGAGAUCAGAAACUCUUGAAGACUGAACAUGAUCACGAUCCACUUCUACAAUCAUAUGCGCCUACUGCUCCUUCUGAACGCAUUAUUGGGUUGCUGUUAGCUGAGCCGCCUCUUUCGUACAAUGCGGCUCGCACUGGUCGUCCGCAGUCUUCGAAGCCUGGGCGCAACUUUUGUUGUAUGUGCGGGUACUGGGGCAAGAUCCGGUGCAAGAGCUGUCAUUUACGGACUUGUGGGCUCGAGUGUUACCGGGUGCAUGAAGAUUCAAGAUGUGGAGCAUUCUUUUAA